AUGACGCUGAAAUGCGCACUGAGGGCCUGGACAGCUCCCAUGGCGCAGGUGCGUCGUUCACAUGAUGGCAUUCGUGGGAUGGUAGCGAAAAGUCGUUUUCAUCGCGGUGAUCUGCUGAUUUGUGUGCCGCUUGCUCACUGCUACUUCCCACAUGCCUCACGUGACCCACACCGACUGCGGCGUUGGAACAGGUCCGCACUUUUCCCAGAAGCUCAGUUCUGGCUGCGGCAACUCUCCCCCGAUGCGCCCGACGCACGCGUCUCUCUCUGUGCCUCCGUCUCAACGGAAGACAACAAAGUAUUAACGCUUACCCUUUCGCCCGUUGAAGCCGCACUGGCUGUAUCGGUGGCUCUUCGGUACUUUUGGCGGAACGUUGUUUUAUUGAAGGACCGAGAGGGCAGUGGUAGACCCGCGUUGGGUCCUGCGAGGUUUCGUCCAGCGGAUCUGUAUCUCCAUUCUCUUCCCAUGGAGGAAUAUAUUUCGUACGGCUUAGAGGGGCCGUACUUUUCAAACGUCGAAGACGAGUCAAACGUCCACUCCAACAUUGAGCAAAUAGCAUGGAAUCUCCGGGAUUGCAUACUUUCACAUGCUCCUCAAGAAGAGUACACUUUCUACGAUGCGCGUCCAUCGGAAUUGGAUGCAACACUUCUUGCGGCGAUCUACGUUAUACGGGCACGUUUGUUGCGUAUGACCGCAUUUUUUGGAGAAGAUAAAGCUCCGGAUCGUGUAACAUCCGUCAUUGCGCCUAUUGUGGACUUUUUGAACCACAGUUCAACGGACUAUACGUGCGCUGCGUGUAUGAGCAUCCCUAAGCGUGCCGUUGUGGUUCGGGCAGUCAGGGACAUCGAUUUCGGAGAAGAGCUCACUCUUGACUACCGUGCUGCAGCCCGUCAGCGAAAGAAUAAGAGGCAAAAAACUUUGGGAAUAUCGGAUUUGGAAGAAGAGGAGGACGGGUGGGAGCCACGUUAUCUCUUUUCCGCAAAGGAUGCAUAA